CGUGUACGUUCUUUAUGUGACAGUCAUUUUUACAAACAAUUAGAACGCAAGAAGAACGCCUAACGCGUUGCUUUAUUCGGUACUUUAAAUCCUAAAAGAACUACGAAACUUCACCCGUCGCUAUUCCCAUCCCGCUACCUCUCCGGCCUCCCAAUUUUUCACGCCGAUCUCUCGUCGCAGAGGGAGAGAGAGAGGUGGGAAAUCGGCCAUGGCCUCCAAUAUCUCCCAAUUGGUUGCCAGGUAUCUUAAUGCUUGUAGGAAGCAGGAGGUUCUACCUAAUUCUUCUGUUUUAUCAAGUUUCUUGAAAGUUAAGCAUCAGAAGUCGCAUGCAGAACAAUGCUGUUUGAAUAUCAUCAUAGACCAGUUAAAGAGUUCUGAUUUUCCUCCUCUUAUAGAUCUUUUAUCUAUGUCCAGUUUAUCUGAAAUUGAUGCAGUUGAUGUAUGUCAGAACUCAUCUUAUAUCUUGUUAGAUGGAGAAUAUGUUUUGUCUUUGCUUCGUGCAGUCAACCAGAAGCUUCGGAUGAUUGAUCUUGUUGAUUCGUCAUCCUGGAAAGAUGUUUUGGAUGAUAUUUGCCAAAAAGGGAUAGCAUGCCGGAUUUUAAUCUUGCGCUUCUCUCCCAUUCGGAAGCUCAAUAUGACUGGGAAAUUCAUGCAGCUGCAUACGCUUAGACUGGAUUUCAGUGUUCAUCUGACCAGUUUCCACACAAGUUGCUUUAGUUGCAUGCCAAAGCUAAUGCGGCUCUCUAUGUGUGACACAAGAGUUACCAAUCUUUGGAUGACAAGUGCUGCACUAUCAAAACUACAUUCCCUGGAGGAACUCCGUUUUCAGAGUUGUUUGUGUUGCUAUGAUACUGGGCCAUGUUCUGGCAAGGGAGUGAUUUCUUCUGCUUAUGAGAAAAUCCGAUCUUCUUCGCAUCAUUGUUACUCUUACCCUGAAUCACUCUCUGGGACCAAUGAGAACUUUCUAUUGCAAAAUAUGCAAGAAUCUAGCAUAGAUGGAAGUCCCAGCAGUCUAUAUUCUGAUGAUGACUCCUUCACAAACCAUGAAUUACUUCAAAGCAUGACUGAGGAAGCAUCAGCUGAAAGCGACCUAGAUAUUUCAAGGGAUACACGAAGCAUUGAUAACUGGACAGACAUGUCCCAGGAUUCCCAUCAUGAGUUGUAUGGAUGGACCAAUUCAGAAAUUUCAGUAAACACAUCAGACCUUACUAUGUCAUCUAGUGGUCAUUCUUCUAUACCAUCAACCACCAGGCUUUUUGAGGAAGUUAUAUAUUCUAGUACAAGAAUCAAAAAUGACAUUUGCAACAUAAAUAUGUUUGAAGGUCUGAAAAAUAAUAGUUUAAAUGUGCAUGCAAGUUCAACUGAGAUUUACAGUCAACCUAACCAUAGGAAUCAAUUCUCUACUGACAGAGUAUUUAUUGAAGAUGAAGAAGGUUGCUCAAGUAGCGGGCUGAACUUAGAAAAUACUCCAGAGACUUUGGACUUUGUUCCAGAAAAGCAUCCUUCACAUCAUCCUUCACCAAUUUGUUUUGAGAAAUAUUACAGGGAAUAUAUGAUAUAUUCACUUCCACAAUUAAAAGUUUUAGAUAAUUUUCCUGUCAAACAUGCUGAGAAGGAGAAAGCAAAAGCAAUAUUUAAGAAAUACUAUGAGAAUGUACCAUACAACAGACAACAAAAAGAGAGUGUUGUCAGUAUUUUGCAAAGGCGUGAAGUGGGGUCCACUGCUUUUUGUCAGAAAUCUUCUCAAAUAAAGCAGCCAUAUUGUCGAGAAAGUCAUCAUUCCUUCUCCAGGUCCCUUUCCGCUGCUAAAGUAAGUUCUGCUUUACAGCCCCAUCUGCAUCCAAUUUCCAAAUUCAGGAGUGGUUCAAGGGAAGAAACUAGGAGUUUCCGUCCACGGCAAUUUGAAUAUCACCCUAGUAGCCCUAGUCUUAUGGUCUUUGGUACGUUGGAUGGGGAACUUGUUGUUAUGAAUCAUGAAAGCGAGAAACUUGUUGGCUAUCUUCCUUCAGCUGGAGCACUUCAUAGCAUUUUAGGGCUUUGCUGGCUUAAGAAGUAUCCAUCCAAGUUCAUUGCUGGCUCCGACAAUGGUUCUUUGCAAAUGUACGAUGUUUGUCAAAUGCGGGCAACAGUUACUGACCAAUAUUGCAGCAUGAAUGCUUCUGUGUACACAUUUGAUGAUUUUGAGCAGUUGACAUCUGUUCAUGUAAAUUCAACUGAUGAAUAUUUUGUUGCGAGUGGAUUCUCAAAGCAUGUAGCUUUGUAUGACAUGGGCAGCGGAAGGCGCCUGCAAAUUUUUGAAGAUCUUCAUAGGGAGCAUAUUAAUGUUGUUAAGUUUGCACACCAUUCCCCCACUAUAUUUGCUACUGCAUCCUUCGAUCAUGAUGUCAAGAUGUGGGACUUAAGGCAAGGACCCUCAAGGCCCUGUUUUUCAGCUUCUAGCUCAAAAGGAAAUGUGAUGGUGUGUUUUUCUCCUGAUGAUCACUAUCUGCUUGCCUCAGCCAUUGACAAUGAGGUUAAGCAGAUAUUAGCUGCAGAUGGAAGGCUUCACAUGUCAUUCAGCAUUUCUUCUACCGGAAGUGGUCAAAAUUAUACUCGAUCAUACUACAUGAAUGGAAGGGACUACAUUAUCUCUGGAAGCUGUGAAGAGAAUGUUGUCCGAAUUUGCUGUGCUCAAACUGGAAGGCGGCUAAGAGAUGUUUCUCUGGAGGAUAGAGGUUCAAGAAAUUCGAUGUUUGUACAGUCUUUGAGGGGUGACCCAUUCAGGGUUUUCAGAAUCAUCCUAAAUCCGGUGGUUCGGGGUGUGCUGAAUUGGACCUACGGGGAAUCAGGAUAGUUUCGACUUGGAAAGCAGAACACACCGGCGCCGAGGAAGAAAGAGAGUGAAAGAGAGGAAGAGAGAGAGAAGGAGAGAGAGAGAGGAAGAUGCCGUCGGAGGUCGACGAUGGCCUGCUGCGAUUGCUGGAGGGCUGCGGAAGCCUCCGUGACUCGGUUCGCCUGAUAGGGCUGUUAAACAAGAGAGAGAGGAGGGAGUGAUUCACCGGAGGAUGGGAUGGUGGAGGGGCUGCUGGAGGUUUUCGAACGGCCACUAUGGCCAGUCGGCGGCAAAAACCAUGCGGAUGGAUUCGCGGCCGUAGAGCAAGGGCAAUUGUCCCUAUUUACGCAUCAGUCUUUUUUUAAAAAUGGAGAUGAACGGUGAAGCCGGCAAAUUAUUUGUCGGCUUCAUUGUUUAAGAGGUUUUUUUAAAAAAAUUAAAAACAGUGAAGUUGGCAAUUGGAUUGCCGGUUUCUUUUUUUCUGAUUUUUUUUUAAAGAAAGCAAAAAUAAUGAAGCUGGCAAAUGGUUUGUUGGCUUCACUUAAGUUUCGAUUUUUUAAAAUAAUCCUGUGAAACGGGGGCGUCGUCCCUGUUUUACGCUUGCGACGCCACGCGUGUGGAUUGCGCCAGCCGACAGCCAUGGUGGCCAGCCGGAUGCCAUCUGGCGGCCCCUCCGACUCCUUCCCCUCCUUUUCUUUCUUCCUCCCUUUCUGUCUUUCUAUUUCUCUCUCUCUCUCUUUUCCUCUUGGUUUCCUUCUUUUUCUUGUUUUGGUUCGUUUGCAUCGGUCUAGUACGGUACGGACCUGUACCGACAGUCGGCACGGGCUCCAGUGCCGAGUCCACAAACCUUGGUUUCAUCCUUUGUGACUGCUGUUACUGUUCUAAUGUUUAUUGUUCCUUGAUUUAAACAGUACUUCUAAAUUUAGUUGUCCUUCCAAUUAUGAAGAAGACCAAUGCAAAGUUGUUAUUUUUGCCUACCACGUUGGUCCAUUUAUUUGUACAAGAACCAUUUAUAUCUGUAGUGACUGAAGAUACAGUUUUGGAGAAUUGUAAUGACCUAAUGAGUGCAUUUACAGGAUCGAAAAGUCCAAUGAAGUUACAACGGCACAUAGCCCCUGAUCAUAUUAUGCUUAAAUGCAUCUCAUGCACAUAUAAAUAAUCAAAAUGACUACCUAUGACCCGUAUAACACAACUACAUAGUUUAUAAUUUAAUUUCUGAAAGAUGGUAGGUUAUUGGUGAACUGGCACUGAAGUGUGUGUGGUAGUGUGGGCCUUCAUGCAGAAGUUUGCAAGCUGCUAGAUAUGCAGGAGCGAGAGAACGUUUGGAUGAAUAUAUUGUGUUGGUCUCAACUGCAAUUUCUUAAGAUAUUGUGUUGGUCAUCAACUGCAAUUUCUUAACAUGAAAACAAAAUGUCUGUUAUUUUAGUUACAAUGCAGUUUUAACAAUAUUUAGGUGAUGUGAUUCUUAAUGACAUGUUUAGGCCAGAUAAGCUGGCAAACUCGAGCAACCCUGCUGAAAUGUCUGUGAUUCUAUGCGGUAGGCUGGUAGUGUGAGUGAGGGUAUUCUACUUGUUGCUCUUUCAAGAGGUGUAGAACCCCUGACUGAGGCACUUAAGCCAGUAAUAGCUUCUCUAACCUAGCCUGAGCUCCCACUAGAAUGAGGUGUGAAAAAACAAGAGUGCUGUAUAGUAUCCAGGACAUCAGCAUAUCCACCCAAACAUAGUACCAAUUAGGACCACUGAAGGGACUCUUCUUUAUUGGAAGAAGCUUCAUAUGACGUUCUACAGAUGCAUGACUUGUGUCCAGAUUGGAGCUAUGACAUGCACCUCAAGUAGAGAUGAUAAUAAGCAUAUGCAUUCAACAAUAUUAACAAGUCAUGAUUUGUAUUUCAAAGAGAUGAGGAUAGUCUUUUAUUGAUGGCAAACUUCUUUUCUCGAGUCCUGGCUUAUCGCUAUGAGGGGGACUCCUGAAGACUGAAAUGGUACAGGGCUUGUUAGAAGUGCUUUUGUGACAGAUUUUCCAUUCUCUGACUGCACAGCCUUGAGGCAUUUUGCUCACUUGGGCAUGUACUUGCCUCUUUGCAACUGCAUCAAAUAGGAAGAUAGCAAACUAAAUUGCAUGCGGUGUGACCUUACUGUAGUAGAACUUUUACCCCUCUUUUCCUUGUUGUUAAUGCGCCUAAUGUAUGUUCC